UGUAAUGGUAACAGACCGGGCAGAAAGCAAACGGUUCUCCAGAAACUCUGCAGCCUUCACGGCUCUCUUAAUUUCAACAUCGGGGUUCGGUCCAGCAUGGCGGCUUACGGAUGGAAAUACUGAUGACAGUCCGAAAGAUCGCCUCGAUUUGUACGAUGGGCGCCAAUGCCUCUGCCUUGGAAAAGGAGAUCGGACCGGAACAGUUUCCCGUUAAUGAACACUACUUUGGAUUGGUCAACUUUGGAAACACCUGCUACUGUAACUCAGUGCUGCAGGCGCUGUAUUUCUGUCGGCCGUUCAGAGAGAAGGUGUUGGCGUACAAGGUGCAGCCUCGUCGUAAGGAGUCUCUCCUCACCUGCCUCUCCGACCUCUUCAACAGCAUCGCCACGCAGAAGAAGAAAGUCGGGGUCAUCCCUCCCAAGAAAUUCAUCUCCAGACUGAGAAAAGAAAAUGAGCUGUUUGAUAACUACAUGCAGCAGGACGCCCACGAGUUCCUCAACUACCUCCUCAACACCAUCGCCGACCUGCUGCAGGAGGAGAAGAGCCAGGAGAGGCAGCAGAACGGGAAACUGGUGCAGAAUGGAGGAGGGGGAGGAGGAAGUGAGGGAGGAGGAGGAGGAGAGGGGGAAGGAGUCAAGGAAACACAACAGACCUGGGUUCACGAGAUCUUCCAGGGAACGCUGACCAAUGAGACGCGCUGCCUCAACUGUGAAGCUGUGAGCAGUAAAGACGAAGACUUCCUGGAUCUGUCUGUAGACGUGGAGCAGAACACCUCCAUCACACACUGUCUCAGAGGCUUCAGCAACACAGAGACGUUAUGCAGUGAAUACAAAUACUACUGUGAGCAGUGUCGCAGCAAACAGGAAGCCCAGAAGAGGAUGAGGGUGAAGAAGCUCCCGAUGAUCCUCGCCCUCCACCUGAAGCGCUUCAAGUACAUGGACCAGCUGCACCGCUACACCAAGCUGUCCUAUCGGGUCGUCUUCCCUCUGGAGCUCCGCCUCUUCAACACCUCGGGGGACGCCACCAACCCCGACCGCAUGUACGACCUGGUGGCCGUCGUGGUGCACUGCGGCAGCGGUCCAAACCGCGGACACUACAUCACGAUCGUGAAGAGCCACGGCUUCUGGCUGCUGUUCGACGACGACAUCGUAGAGAAAAUCGACGCGCAGGCGAUCGAGGAGUUCUACGGUCUGACGUCGGACAUCUCCAAGAACUCAGAGUCCGGAUACAUCCUGUUCUACCAAUCCAGAGACUGAACCUGCGGGCGGUGAACCCCCUAAACGGACUGUCACUCAGCAGAAAGGGGAGGGGCUUAUGGCCGCCACAGGCUCCGCCCACAUAAGUAUCCGGGGAGCUUUUCACUGGAGCUGUGAGACGUCUGCAGGGAGCAUGCCAGCCUCCUGGAUCACAAGCGUUCAAAUCCUCUGCGCCCACAAUGCAAAAAGCACCUUAAAAUAAUCUAAAAACACUCGCUUUUGCAUCAGGGUGGGGGGGGGGGGGCGAGGAUCCAAGAGGCUGCCAUGGAUACCGUUUUUUGGGCUGUGGAGACGACGCAGAGAAACCAAUUAACCGUUCCUGACGAGACGCAGGAUCGUACGUGUCAUCACAGUCUUCUUUAUUGUGUUUAUAACAUACCGUGCUAAAGUAGCUACAUGCUAACACGCAGGUACCAUGCGUUCAAACCCCCCAAAAAUAUUAUAAAUCUGACGUCAUAAUAAUAAAACCACGGACACUACCUUUAGCUUGAAGAUGCUAGUGUGCAGUGUUUUUAACAGGAAGUGGUGUUAAUAACAUUAAGUGUUAAAAGCGGGGGGGAAGGGAGACCUUACCUCCAGAAAGAUGGUGCGGAAUCUUAACGAGGGGCUCAUUAUUUUAGUUUUUUAACUAAAAAUAAUAUAAAAAAUCUAGUUUGAAUCAGAUUAUCCUAAAAGUACAGUUGAAGCAUGCACUGUUUUAUUACGUAUAUCCAAAAAAGGACCUUAUUUCUGUCGAUCGCAGAGAAAACGUCCGAUUCGUUCCAUAUUUUUAUCAGAUAUUGGUAAAAACCAUAACAUUAACAACCAUGUCCACGUUUUUAAAGGCUAUCUGGCAAAGUCAUGAGUGAAAGAGUCUGGUUUAAAUUUAAGGUUAUUAACUAAGGCGUGUCGUGCCAUUACGUUAUCAUGUUUGGUGCCACAGCGGAAAAAACAAGUUAUUAAACAAAGAGCGUCAGGUGUUUCAACGUUAAACUACAAGCGGGCUUUAGCAACCACAGUCUGUUUUAUCAGUUUCAUUUGAUUAGCUUUUACCAUUUUUGACUUUUUUUAAACGCCAGAAAAUGCACAUUUCUACCGUUUUUACACACAACACACUCAGAGACACUUUUUUAAUUUCCUGUGAGUCCGUUCUGACAUCCGAGCUGCCACACUACGUUCAGGCUGAAUGUUUUUUAUGUCCUUUCUGUUCCUCAUUGCUAAAGCUUUAUUUCUGGACACCUCCGCACACUCAGCUGGUUCAGUUCAGUAACCUCAUGAUAUCAGACACUAAUUUAAACUCCAGCUGAAGUGUUUCUCUGCAGCGCUGGAAGGAAGUCAGAACUUUACAUAACAUGUUUUUCACUCUAGAAAGUUAAUAGGCGCUUUCACACCAAGUGCUUUGCCGUACUUAGUUCAUGAGAACUCUUUAGUUCUGAUGAACUAAAGCAGAUCGUGUUCACACCGGAAUAAGUCCCUGAGGGAGGAUUAGGCAAAUGAAGCCG